AUUCAAUAUUCAAUUAAUGGUCAUGGUGGUGCUUCUAUUAUUCAGAAUUGUCCAUUUUUUGGAGACAUUUCUAACUCAUUUCUAACGUUUCCUAAUAAUAACGACUUGGAAGAUAAUAAUUUUCCAUUUUCCUUACCUAGUUCUGGAUUCUUUAAUGAUAAUUCUGGCGAUAUGAAUCUUAUAUCAUCUUUUGGAUAUGAAAAUAACAAUCUAGUUAAUACAAGUCUCUUUUCGGCAUUUUCUGAAUUCAACAAUGAUCGCUCACCAUUUGUUAUACACAGAAAUAAUGCCUCUUUUAAUGACCAUAACAGAGAUUUAGUUGAUAGUGAUAUAAGCUUUUCUGAGGAUAACUGUAAUGAUAAUUCCGAUAACUUAAACAUUUCCAGAUAUCAACAUAACCUUUAUGUAAAUGCCUAUUUUGACAAUUGGCUAUCUGUUGAUAGCUUUAUACAUAAUUAUUGUUUAGAACGAGGUUUUGGGUAUCAAAUUUUCUGUAAUUAUAAAGAUCCAAAUGAUCCUAUAAAGAUAUUUUCUGAAUGUGAAUAUUAUAUGACCAAAAAAUUGUAUGCUAAUCGAAUUAGUUGGGCAAAAGCUUAUGCACCACUUCAAUUCAACGCUGGUAUUCAGAGUACGCAAAGCGUCGAAUCAUUUAAUGUUAUUAUUAAAAAGUCUCUGAAUAAUACUAGCACACUUUGCGAAGUUGAGGAGGCAAUUAAUAAAAG